AUGCCUAGAUCUUUUCGUACAGGUACACCAUUGCCAAUUGACUCGGAGAUAGAGAAGACUGCAAAGAAGUUAAGGAAGCAAGCAAAGCUUCGUAAGAGGCAACCAGUUUCCGGUAAUUCUUCAUCAUCCAAUCCCCCGGUCAUUAACAUUUGGGAGGAUAUUCCCCUCUCAAGUGUGUCCGCAUCCGAAACAGAAAGUCCAUCACCUUCAUCUCAACCAUCCUCAUCCAGAAAUACCACCCCACCCUCUUCACCUACUCAUCACAACCCAAACACUACACCCAUAGAAACUUCAACCACUACUCAUACCAUGGGAGACAACCAUGGAGGGAAUCCGCCUCCAAAUCCACCACCCGAACAAACCCUUCACCAAUGGGCGAGGCAAGAGGUUACUCAACAACCUCUUUGCAUCUCCUAUCCGGCAGCCACAAACCUUGAAUUAAAAUCCGGUCUCAUUCACUUACUCCCAACCUUUAGAGGCUUAGAAAAUGAAGAUCCCCACAAGUUCCUCACGGAGUUCCAUGUUGUGUGUGUUGGCAUGAAACCGCACAAUGUCACUGAAGACCAAAUCAAGCUUAGGGCAUUCCCCUUUGCAGUGCAAGACUCAGCAAAAGAUUGGCUUUAUGACCUUCCACCGGGGAUGGUCAACACAUGGGUAGAUCUUGCACGCCUCUUAUUAGACAAAUACUUCCCAGAAAUGAAAGCCUCAGCCCUAAGAAGAGAGAUAAUUGGGAUCAAACAACACAAAGGAGAAACCUUUCAUACAUAUUGGGAGAGGUUCAAAAAGCUUUGUGCCCGUUGCCCAAAGCAUGGUAUUAGUGAGUAUCAAAUCCUUCAAUACUUCAUUGAAGGCAUGACUCCUUGGGAAAGAAGACUUCUUAAUGCUUCAAGUGGAGGAUCUUUAACUGACAAGACCCCAACGGAGAUUUGGGAUCUCAUAAAAAACAUGGUGGAGGAUUCAAAGCAUACUAGUCAAUAUGAAGAUUGGUACACAGAUGCACCUCGAGGUGUAAAAGAGGUGCACACUCCUCAAAUUGAAGCUCAACUAUCCGAGUUGACUAAGGUGGUAAUGAUGCUUGCUAAGGACAAAGGUGUGCAAUCCACACCCCGUCCCUGUGGCAUUUGCACUCAAGUGGGACACCCGACUGAUAUGUGUCCUCAAUUGCAAGAAGAAGAAUAUGAAGAAGCAAAUGUUAUAGGAGGCUAUUCCGGGCAUAAUCAAAGAACUUAUGAUCAGCCCCGAGGCAAUCAAGGGUGGAACAACAACCAAAACAUGGGUUAUCAACAAAGACCCCCACCCCAUUACCAAGUAAGGCCUCCAUUCCGACAACAAAAUUACCAACCGAGGCAACUACAACCUCCUCCUCAACAAGCUGGAUCCUCAAGUAUGUCCUUAGAAGACAUAGUCAAAAGCAUUGCCACCAGCACCCAAAGUUUUCAGCAAGAGACCAAGGCAAGCAUCAAGAAUCUUGAGCAACAAAUGGCACAACUUGCUCAAUCGGUGAGCAAAAUAGAGAAUCAAGGAAAGCUACCUCCUCAAACUGAAAAGAACCCAAAGCACAAUGCUUGUGCAAUUAGCUUGAGGAAUGGAAAGAAAUAUGACGGCCCGAAGAUGCCCGAAGAAGAAGAAGAGGAGUUGGUGAUAGAAGAACCACCAAAGAAGGAUGAAAAGAAAGAAGAAAUGGUGGAGAAAAAGAAACCGGAAGAGAAAGAAGCAAAGAUCACACCACCACCUUUUCCAUCAAGAUUGAGCAGCAAAAAAAAAGAGAGAGAAGAUAGUGAAAUCAUGGCAAUGUUCCGGAAAGUUGAAGUCAACAUCCCUCUCUUAGAAGUGAUCAAACAGGUACCUAGUUAUGCUAAGUUUCUUAACGAACUUUGCACAUCUAAAAAGAAGCUGUGA